AUGGAAACCAUGGAUAAAAUUAUUCCAACUACUCAUACUUUGUAAGUUUUUGUUAUUUAUAUUGUUCUUGAUGUUUAGGUUGGAAGAAUGGAAGAAAAACUAAUGUAUAAAGCAAGAUAGAGGUUGUUUUAUAACUAGUCUUUGAGAAAAGUCUUUUUUCUUAUGUUCUUGACAGAUUUUAAGUAUUUUCGCUAGUUGGAAAAUUUUUUUAUAGCUGCAGAAAUAUAUGUUUUAGUCAAUAUGCCCUUUCGGCUUUGGUAACAUUGUUAACUUUUCAGAAACCCAACUGUUACUGGUACCACUGCUUUGGCUGUGGCUUAUGAUGGCGGAGUUGCUAUUGUGACUGAUCGUGUAGCAUCUUACGGAAAGACCGCUCGUUACAAACAAAUCCCACGUCAAUACCGUGUGAACGAGAAUGUUGUCGUAGCUUUUGGCGGAGACCACGCCGACUUCCAGUGGCUACAGAACGUGAUUGAGAGAGUGGAGGAGGAACACAAGACUUAUGACAGGAGCAUUAAGGUGACGCCGAGAGGAUUGUACAACUAUUUGACUUCUUUGUUGUACUACAGAAGAACCAAGAUGGAUCCGCUGUGGAACACGUUGAUUGUUGCUGGUAAGUUAUUUAUUGAUGCUUUUUUGGUUAGGUAGUUGAAUAAGACAUUUAUCAAGCUUUUUAAAACAUAUUUGAAGGCGUUGGAUUAAAAUUUAGAGAGGUGUACCUAAUUUUAUAUUACACUACCUUUAGUUUGUAUAGGUCGAUUACUUUUAGCUAUAAAACUGUUAUAUUGGUGCAAUUUCUUGAUGUUUAUGGCUCAAAAGAAAGCUAGUUUAACGUAAAAUUUUUUGAAAUAAGCCGCGUUUUGUUUCAAAGUAAAGGUUUUUGGAAAAUUAGGAUUAUAUUAACCAUGAUGUCUUCAAACGUUUUUUAUUAGAAAAUUGAAUUUUUGGCAAAAAACUGCAGUUAAACUUGCUAUAGUUAGUAAAAACUAUGUUUCAUAUUUUUAGGUAUGAACCCAGAGCCCACAUACGACGAACUGGCUCCAUUCAUUGGUGUCAUUACUCAACGUGGUGUUGCCUACGAAGCCAAGAGUGUAGCCACCGGAUUGGGACAAAUGUUGUUAAACGAAUCUAUGGAACGAACAAUUCGUGAAGAAGGAAAGCUGACCAAAGAUGGUGCUCUGAACUUGCUUCGUGAGACGGUAAAGCUUGGCUACUACCACGAUUGUUGUGCUGACAACGAGAUUGACUUGAGUGUGGUUGAUAAGGAAGGAACGCACCUGCUGAAGCCGGAGAGAUUCAUUGGCGACUGGUCGUUGGCCGAAUACAACUGUCAAUACGAAUAA